AUGAAAUAACAUGCCAAUAACUAUUUUGUCAUGAAGAUAGCUAAGCCAAUUUCUUAAGUGAGUACUAACUCAGCAGUUACAAGAUCAAAUGAAUUAAAGCCAGCAUCCUAUUUGACAUUUACAAAAAGUAAACAUAGAAGAAAGAAUGAGACUGCCAUCAAAUUGCCAGAAUUACAGCCUAGCUCAGUUCGAGCCAAAACUGAAUAAGAUUAAACAGCUUAAAAUGAAUUCAAAAGAUCUCUUGUCAUUAUUAGUAGAAAACCAAGUGCUACAUUUGCAUCUCAAAGAUUAAAAACUUCGCCAUCCAUUCAAAUUUGGGAACCAGAAUAGAUAUCUUAACCACCAGUAGAAUAAGUCCAAGUAAUAACUACUAAAUUUUAUGAUGUUCUUUGUGAAGAGCUGUUAUUAAAUAAAAAGCAAUCCAAAAUAAAAGAGAAAAGAUAAAUACUUUUUAAGCCAUCAUUAAAUGAAUAUGAUAAAUUUUAGGAGAAAAGUUCAAGAAUGCUCAGAAAGAUUAUUCAACUCCUUAAAACUCAUAGAGAAGGAAACGAAGAAAAAGAAAUGAAAAGUAGAACCAUUAUUGAAACAAAAAUGGCUAAAUCUAGCCUUUUCUUUCAUGCUUAGACUUAGUUUUUACCUGAAUAGCAUCAAUUUAAUUAGAAAGAACUCCUCUUUCAAUAAUAAUUGUCAGUCAUACCAAAAAGGCAAACAAAAUAUAGUGCACAACUAACUUUAACUUAACAAGCUGAAUCUAUAAAGCCAAUGAAGAGCUUAAUUGAAGAAACCAAAGAAAAAUAAUAAGGUCCAAUCAGAUAAGCUUCAAUACGUCUUGUAUCACCUAAAAAUCCAAUAAACAAUAAGAAAAAAAUUAAAUUAACUGUUGACUGUGCAGAAGAGUAAAAAUUUAAUAAAUUUGAAUUUUUUGUACCUGAUUAUAUGGAAUAAGAUUAAGUAGUUUAGUUGUAAUAAUAAAAUGAUUAAGUUGAAUCAAAAGAUACUAAAAAGUCUAAUAUUUAUUCUUUGGUUUCAAAAAAUAUGUUUAGCAAGUAAUAUGUAGUAAUAAAUUAGAAAAAUUAAUUAAGUUUAGAAUACAAAUGAAUCUACCUUGGAUGAAUUUAAUGCUGAUAAAGCAACAUAAUUCACAAGGUACUACCUCUAAAAUUAUACUUUAAAAUGCAUCAAUUAGAAAAAAAUCAAAGACAAAAAAGCUGAAGAGUCUAUGCUGAACACACUUCAAUAAGAUUCAAAACAAGAAUAAUAGAUCUUUGCAUCCAAACCUCUUUUUGAUUGUUCUUUUAUAGUAAUUAUUAUUCUUACUUAAGAAAGACUUAUAGACUACUUAAUUUCUUGAAAUAAAUAGCUUGAUUUAUAGGUGCAUUGAACCAUAUGAUUCACAAGAUUCUAGUAUGAUAUCUGAUAAUAGUUUCCUUAGUGACAAGAGCUUUAAUGACUCUUCUACAGAUUAGGGAAUUAAGCUCAAAUUCCUAAUCUCUACAAAAUUAAUUGAUCCCAAUAUAAUCAGAGACAAAUUCAUCAAAUUUAUCAUAUCCACCAUCCCAGAUGAAUCUAAAAAUAUUUUCCUUCAUCAAGAAAUAAUUGCUUUUGCCAACCAAAUAGAAGAACUUAUUCAUAUAGAUUAUGAUUUGCCAUAAUAACCACGUAAAUCAAAUGAUUUAUUUUUAUAGAUCUGGAAGCUUUAAACCGACUCUUCCUUAAAAUUAAUACAACAGACAGAAAGCAAUUUCUUAAGUCUUUUUUUAAGAAAUUUGAAAUUAUUUGCAUUGGAUUAUUUGAAGAUAACUUUAAACAUCAUUUAAUUAAACCAGAGAAAUUAUUUGUUAGUUAUUGUUUUCAAUAACAAGGUAACAGUUUAACUGAUAAUACUUCAAUCAAAUAUUCCAAUAUGUUGAAAUCUAAACAUCACCGUGAAACUACAACAGAAACAGUUCCCAAAUAAUAGACAAACUUAAUGAUAUUAUCUCUACCUCCUGCUACUAUCAAAAGUAGAUCAUAAUCUCCAUCUAAUUUCGUAUUAAUUAUAUUUCUAUUGUUAAGAGUGAACCCAGAACCUAGAAAAAGGGCCCUCAAAAUCAUUAAGUCCUAUUGAAAAAUAUGUAACGAAGUAAAUAAUAUACUCAAAUAUAUUUAGAACAAUCACAAAAAUUUUUGCAAAUUUAAACUUCAUCCAAAUUUUAACUGCAACAAUAAACCUCUAAAGUGUAAUAAGUCUCAUAAGUGUAGGAUAAGGAAUAAUCAUAAAUAUAGAAGGUUAAAUUGACAUAAAUUUAAAAUAAUCUAAAAUAACUCUCUAUGGAUCCAUAAUCUUUAUUAUAUAGAAGUAUGAUGAUAAAGAAAACAAAAAAUGAUGAUAGAAGUUUAUACGAAAGAAUAUUUCUAAUGGUUGAGGAACACCGACUUUUGGAUUUGAAAGAAAUUCUAAAAUUGGAGACCUCAAUUGAUGUCAAUUACCAAAAUGAUGAAGGUGACACAAUGCUAAUUUCAGCAUCAAAAUGUGGAGCAGUUUUAGUUGUAGAAUUUUUACUAAAAAACAGAGCUGAUGCCUCAAUUUAAAAUGUAUCAUUUAUUUCAACAUUUUAGUAUAAUGGGGAAACAGCCAUGGAUGUGGCAUUAAAAAACUAUUAAUUCUAAACAGCAGAUAUCAUCUUUAAGUAUCUUUAUCUAGAUAAUAAAAAUGUAUGA